AUGUCCGGGACGGACAGCAUCUCGGAUUCGGUUCCCAACUUGCAGCACUUGACUGCACUUUACACAUUCCUCCAUGUCGCGGGUGGACUCGUUGGGUUACCUAUCAUCAUUGGCACGGUCCUACUCUCUAGACAUGCAUCGCGACAUCCGACCAUGAUCAAUCUCUUCAUCUCCCUGUUUAUCUAUUCGUUGAGUUAUAUGCUAUUGCGCGUCGCCCCCUUCUCUAUCCCUAUCUCUCGCUCACCCCUCGACAGGAUCUUUGGGCGGCAGCAGGACGAGCAAUUCGAUCCUGCCGGCAAGCCCUCUGCGCUAUGCCAGGCGCAGCAGGCCCUCGUUCACGGGGCGCCGACGAUUACUGACUUUCCCAUCGACAGGGCUUCUACCGCAGGUCUCAUCGUCGUUAUUCAGGUGCGUCGUGAGAGCUCAAUUCACCUUCACGCAUGCUCAUAUCUGCUCCUUCCCUCGCCUACCUUCCUCUUUCGCAGAUGUGGAAUACUUUUCGGACACCUCACUCACCGAUUACCAUCACCAAUUAUGCCUGAGUCUUGCGCUCCCAUACGUUGUAUUUGUGGCAUAUACGGUCGCCUCUGCUGUGGUGGUAUAGCUAGGCGCAAAAUAUCCGGAGACCGUAAACGCGUCGAAUGGGUUGUAUUGUACGAUAUUGAAGGAUCCUUUGCUUACAGUCGACAUUACGCUGUACCAGGGUACACCGCGGUGGCUUUGCUGUUCGUCAUUAUAUUCGAGGGUGAGGAGCAAAACGCCUGGAAACCUAUGCCCCGUAUGCUGACGCCUUUCAGUCCUCGCCGGCAUCAAACUGUACAAAUCUUGGACGUCUAUCUCGCGGAUGUUCCCGAUGGCAAGACGGCAGACGACCAUAUACAUGUUCACGCGGGUGAGGUUGGCGAGAUGCUCACGUACUCUCUAGACGUGAGUGAAAAGCGAUUCCAGUAUGCUGUCGUCGACUGA